AUGAAUUUGAAACUUUUCAACAUCGUAUUUAUUUUUGUCUGCGCGACUAGACAUGGGAUAAGUGUAAGAUACGUUUCCUCUGUCUCCUUCUUCUUUUGUUCAUGUUUUGCACAUCAUCGGUCAUCAUGGCAAAAAAAGUCUGGCAAUUUCAUCAAAACAUCUUGCGGUGUGACCCAGUAUCCAGAUUUAUGUUUUGAAUCACUUUCAGUAUUUAGAAGCUAAAUCCAACAAACUAAGAAAAGAGCUCAAACAUCAUUACACGUAAGUUUAUCCCAAGCUAGAUCUGUAAGGAGUUACGUUUCCACGAUGACUAGAGUUAAAGGUAUCAAAGGUAUAGAUCUCCAAGAUUUGAAAGAUUGUGUAGAUAGUAUGGGUGAUAGUGUGGAUCGGUUGAGUAAAUCCAUCAAAGAACUUGGAGAAAUGAGUAAGGGUAAAAAUGUUGUUUCCGAUUUCAUGUGGCAUAUGAGUAAUGUACAUACUUGGGUAAGUGCUGCACUUGCUGAUGAAAAUACUCGUACUAAAGGGUUUACAUGUCAUGGCAAGAAUACUAAUUAUAGAAUUUCUAUUAGGAGAAGAGUCACUGGUGUUGCUCAGGUUACUAGUAAUGCACUUGCUCUGGUUAAUCAUUUUUCUGCUAAGCACUACUAA